AAGCGCGAAGACUACAUCAGCAAGGAAUGCUGGUAUAUGAGCAUGGCCAUGCUAGCAGCCAAAAGAUCCAAGGAUCCCAACACGCAGGUGGGUUGCACCAUCAUCAACCCGGAUGGCAUCGUCGUGAGCAUGGGCUACAACGGCUUUCCCAUUGGCUGCUCGGAUCAAGAGUUGCCCUGGCAAAAACAUAGCGCAAACCCUCUCGAGACCAAGUUUCCCUACGUGUGCCAUGCUGAGAUGAACGCCAUUCUCAAUACCAAUGACGAGAGCGUGCGUGGCUGCACGUUGUACGCCACGCUUUUUCCUUGCAACGAGUGUGCCAAGAUGAUCAUCCAGGCAGGCAUUGUGGAGGUGGUGUAUUUAUGUGACAAAUCUCGAGAUAAGCCCUUGGUGCAAGCCUCGCGCCACAUGUUUGAUCUCUGCGGUAUG